AUGUUUAUCCUUACCACAAUCUCAGAUCUUAUCCAGAUUUCCCCAGAGGAUUUCUCCAAAUAUAGUUCCGUUGCCCUUGAGGACAACAUUAAUGAGAAGUACGCCAACAAAGUCAUCCAGAAGAUUGGGCUUUGUAUUGGCUUCUAUGACCUGUUAGAGUCAUCAGAUGGCUUGAUUGGUCAUGGGAAUGGACUUGUCAAUGUGAACGUGAAGUUCCGGCUCAUUGUGUUUCGCCCAUUCAGGGGAGAGAUUGUGUUGGGCAAGAUUUCGAGCGCUACCGAGCAUGGCAUCAAAAUCGGCGUGGAAUUCUUCAACGACAUCCUCGUACCUCCAGACCUUCUUCUGGAAGGCGCUAGAUUUGACUACCAAGACCAGGUUUGGAUCUGGGAAAACGAAGAAGGAACUUUCUACUUUGAUGUAGGAGAAGUUGUCCGCUUCCGUGUCGAAAUGGAGGAAUGGCAUGACCAGAUUCCUAAUGCUCCAGAUCUUGGGGAUGGCGCUCCAGUCGAUCGCAAGCCUCCGUAUUCGAUUAUCGGAUCCAUGCAGAUGGCUGGUCUAGGACCGAUAUCCUGGUGGUAG